AUGGCGGACAGGCCGAGCAACGGUGAGUACAAGAACUAUCAGAGGGAAGAGAACGCCGACAUUAAGCAGAGGCUUCCGCUAGAGAAAGAGCGCGAAGACAAGGAGCAUCAGGUCGACAAAGCCGGGGAAUACGUCCGGGAGCUCCUUCACGAGAAGCUUGAGAUUGACUCGCAGAAAUGGCCCAAUGCUCACCGACUCAUCGACCAAGAGAUUCAGAAGACCCAAGCCAUUGGAAAACCGAUACGGGACAUGAAAUACGUGGACAUUUAUCGAGAGAAGCCAAUUCGCGUCGCCGUGAAGGUGUUGGUGCCGGUCCGUGAGCAUCCCAAGUUUAACUUCGUUGGGAAGCUGCUGGGUCCCAAGGGCAACUCCAUGAAGCGGCUGCAAGAAGAGACCAUGUGCAAGAUGGCGGUCUUAGGGCGAGGCUCCAUGAAGGAUAGACAAAAGGAGGAGGAGUACCGCCAGUCCCUGGACCCGAAAUACGCUCAUCUCUCCGAUGAUCUACACGUGGAGAUCGCCGCUUUGGCUCCUCCUGCGGAAGCCCACGCACGCAUUGCGUUCGCCCUGGCCGAGGUGAGGAAAUACCUGAUCCCGGACAGCAACGACAACAUUCGUCAGGAACAGAUGCGAGAGAUGGAGCUCACCAUGACCGACGAUCCCGGCCUGGACGACAGGAGACCAGGAAGAGGAGGGAUCUUGAGACCCAAUGCCAGACCAACGGUCCCGCCACCCAGGGCUUCCAGAGCACCGCCCAUCCUUCCACCCCCUGCGAACCGAGGACCGAUCGCUCGUCCCGUUCCACCGAAGACCAAGGUAUUCUCGAUUCUGGAUCGCGCCAGGGCCGCCAUGGACCAGAACUAUGGGUACGACGCUCCGACUCCACCUCCGACCGGUAGAGUGGGAUCCCAUCAUGACUACGACUACCAUGGUACUUCAACAAGUAGCAGCCGCUACGGAGAUCGUCACUAUACUUCGUCCUCGGCGGACGACAUGUAUCCUCCUUCCUCCAGAUACACGACCUACGAGUACGACGACGAGGGUGGGCCGCACUCUUCCCACGACUAUUACGAGUCGUCGGACUAUCCAGGUGUGUAGGAGAUUCCUGCAGAUCGCGUGGGAACGCGCUGUCGUGGAUCGUUUGCAUUUUGGCCACUCUAACCGGUGGACCGCGAGAAGUGCCUUGACGUGAGUAUGGUACCAAGGUGAAGGCACACCUUAUGCUGAAGCAAGUUCGGAGGCAAGGUAUGCGGCGAGAUGGCGAGUUCUCGAGGACGCCGAUUUAUCAAAGAUAUCUCGAAGAGGAGGCGACUGCCAAGGUCUAUACGUCCUCGCCAGGAAAGAUGGACCGACGCAAACGCGACGACGCCUCGUCACGAGCUGGCUUGCAUGUUGAUGGUUCCAUGCAUUUUCCUUUCUACGCCGAUGACUAAUCUUCCCCGCCGAAAUUAACGGAUUCUGUUUAUACAGCCAUCCAUUAGAGCCCAAGUUGCCUGUCCCUAAAUAGACUGGGUAGAAAUACUUCUUAUUCUAAGGUGACGCGCUCGUGGGGAGGACACGUAUCCAGGGUUUGCUUUUCAGAGAUGUCGAUGUCGCGUUGCCGAGUCGAUGUUAAGACGCCUGGAUAAAUUGCACGAUUUACAGGCGUGAAGAGUUGCCCCAGAUGGCAAAUAAAGAAAAAUUGGUUGCCGCAAUUUUUCCCAGGCUCUGACAUUGGGCUAUUUUUCAUCCAUGUGUCGAUCCCUUUCUAAGUACGCUCCUAUUGAUUCUGGAAUUUUAUUAAACAAACUGAUUUGUAUACCCGCUUUUACGUUUUCUAGUCUUCGUCCUUGCGAGAACGUCCACUGUGACUGUCUUAAGGUGGGGUUGGUAGUUUAAGGCCCGUCGUUAAUUUCUAAUCGUUAACGUAGUUGGCGAACUAUUUGCAUGCGUGUUUAUCGUGGGAAUCGUUACUAACGAGGAAUGCUCUUUGGCGUCACCGCCACGGGCAUUGCAAAACACUGGGUGUCCGUUGUUCGUAGAAUCAUUUUAUUAAAUUCAACAAUUAACAUUUUCGUUCGUAUGUAAACGCAAACAAUUGAAUUUACGGGCCGGACGAGUGCCGAAAGUCCAGGAAUAAAAGUACGUUUGCACCAUGGGCCUGAAGAAGGCGGUCAUCGUUUUGCAAAUCGCAUGUCUAAUAAGAACCCAUUACUUAGUUGAGUUUCCUUAGGAGAUAAGAGAAGCUUGCGAUCCAACUUCCGGCCGUCCACGUCGUCACUCUUUCGCGGGCCUGAAGUCUACGGAGCGAAUAAAUACUCGACAGCUGACUUAACGUUUAAGUGGACAUCGGCAAUCAAUGGGACGCAGAAAUUCGCCUAUGGCGAAUGUCUAAGGUGCUCGGAACACUUCCAAAGUCGCGUCCACUACCCUGCGAAAAUCAUACGAGUGGUUGCCGAUAUAGCGAAGCCUUACUUAUCGUUUAAAAUGAUUAACGGAGCACUGAAUUAAUUGAAUAGAACCCAACCUCGUGGGAAGAAACGGGCCGACGCCGCGAAGCCUCGAGUCAAAUACCGUGGAUCGGCAUCUAGGUUGCUUAGAAACAAUAUUCUUAUUUAUUUAUCACACACCAAUAUACAAAAAUUAACCGUAUUAAUGUUAGAAUAUAAUAAUACCGCUAAAAUUCAAGAUAUAUUCAAUAAAGGUAUAUCCGAGUAUCUUACAAGAUUAGAGCGACGCAUGAUCAGCUCGGAACGAAAUCGUGUCUCUACGGCACACUCUCUCCCCGCGGUUGGCACAGAAAUUCCGGUAGAAAAAGACCUUUCUCUACGCAUCUUCUCUAGCGAUUAUAAAUAAGUAGUUUAAUUUACGGAUCCUUAGUCUAAGAGAGUCCUCUAAGUAGUUGGGAAGUGAAAAUAAGGUUAAAAGUUCGACCUAACUAAUGUUAACUCGGCCCUCCAUGUCUUCCCGCUGGGGGAGGAAGUUGCAUUUCGGCGACCCCUAAGAGCCGCCGCCCCUCUACGGAAUCCAGAGUCCUCGAUCCUGAUCCCUGAUAUCCUUUUUCGCGGCAAACGACCGGUUAACCGCGGGACCUCCGAGUCGAUCGACGAUCCGAAUUGGAAUCUCACCCUAAGCGUUCGGGGAAGAAUUCCCCGCUAGCCGUGGGAGAAAUCUCGACGAUAAAUCUCAUCCCGAGUCGCGGGCUCUCCUCUAAUACCGUCCCUAUUUCGAAACAUGGAAUGUAGCACUUAUCGUUACUCGAUACCUUAACAACUGUAUGAUUAUAUCACAAGAAAGAUUCGAAUGCUCUGUACACGCGCCCCCCCUCGGAACAUCAGAUGCUCUCAAGUAUCGACUUAUAAUACGCCUAGGUGUCUAGAGUUUAGUUACAAAGUUAGAUAUGUCUCAGGUUGACCUGACGUUGUACUUCGUAUGAUUUUCCUCGACGCGCCUCGAGAGCGAGGCUUCGGCCGAAGCGCGUCCCAACGCGGCCGGAAGUAGAAACGGCCUCAGCUUCGCGUUUACUCUCCCGGGUUUACUUAGAGGGACUCGCCGCGGGUCUCGCGGUGAUAAUUGGCACGUGUGUUGAGAAUGAAGUGGCAAGUUUCGCAUUGGCACGACGAUCGGAAGAGACUCUUUCGCGAAUCCGCGAGGCUCGUCGCCGACGAGAUUACGCCUAUUUAGAGUUACGAACAAAACCCCACCACCAGCCUUUCCUAUUUGAUUAUAUCCUCCGAGUCUGGGUUAACUGAGCAUUAGGGUACAGGUAAUGUUUAUAAAUAAUUUAGCCUCGGACGGCUUCCGCAUGCGACUACCCCUCGCAUCUUGUCGCGUCCCCUGGGAACUAUCUUUAAGGUGACGGAAAGUGCCCUCAAAGAGGUCUCGUUUAUGACACUUUUCACCGAAUCGUUUCAAACUUUACAAUGUAAAUAUGUAGACUUUAAGGAAGGUCCUGACCUUCGUGAAAUUUCCAUUUUUUACCAUUUGUUUAUAGUCAUUUAGACAUUUUUGUAUAAUAAUGAAAUUUCAUGAGUGUAGGGACCUUCUUCGAAGCCUUUAUAUUCAUGGCGCAAAGUUUGAAACGAUUUGGUACACCCUGUUCGGAGAAAAGUUGAAUAAACUACUGACAUCUCGGAUGCCACUUUCACAUCCCCUUAAGCAUGGAAUUCGUCCAUUCGCUGUUUUGUGCCUCGUUUGAAGGUGCACCGAUAUCUGCAACGAAGAGUCCUAGACAAUUUCACUUUAAUUGGCUUUGAUACGGUUUUAUCAGCGGUACCGAAGUAGCGUCAUCCGGAAUAUGCCAAUUGCCCCUUGAAUUUAAAGGAAGGCACAAAACAGCGGGUGCACGUUUUUCGGUUUUUAUAGUGCUACAGAAUUUCCUCGUCGCGCGAACGCGUCGGGUCAUCCGGUCUAGGCCCUGCUUAAAAGCGUCGACUUAUCCGGGAUAUGUCUCAAUUUCAUAUAACUUGCCACCGCUUUGGAAGGAUAUCGACACGCGGAGAGUGUAAAACUCUGCCGGAGAGAUAGUGGAAUAAAUUUCGAUUUCAUCAGUCCGGAUCGGUCUGCUCUUUUAAGUAGAGCGGUGCGCAUGCCUCUCGUCCUACGGGCAGGCCAAUCUAUGUCGAAACGGUCGAGCGAGUUAUAAUCGUGUCUCUACUUCUUCCGGAAUCGUCUCGUGUAAAAAUAAGCUCGGUGGAACGUCAAAAAGCGAACGCACCACGACCCUGGUCCCGACGUCGCGCGCAAGGAAACGCCAGACCCCCGCGGCAUGAUUUUCCAAAGGGAAAAAAAAAUCCUUCGUCGGUGGGAACCAAGGGUUCCUCUCUAAUGGUCCUUUACUAGCGAGUCGUUAAAACGAUCCGGCAAAACGUGAUCGCCUAUGGAAAACCUCUCCGCGGGCAGUUCGCGCGAUCGACUUCGUUCCACGAAGUUACGCCUCGUUUUCGUAUCCGCGGAAUCUACACGGAAUAAACUGUCUCCAAGAAAUUCCGCAGACAUGGAAACGAGGCAUCUCGGAUCGCGGGCAGAGUUUGGCUCUUUGCGUUUCUCGUCUCCGACCUCCUAGCCGGAGAUCGCCACCUUGUUGGCACUUUAGUCACCGUGUAUCAACAGUUCGGUUCCACGGGUGAUUCCUCCCGCGUUUAAAAUUCGGAAACCGUGUGCGAAAUUCCCAACACGGCGCUGCAAAUUCUAAACUGUACAUUAGAACCCAGAUACGAUGGCCAUCGGGUGGUUUUCGAGUUUCCAUCGCGGAACCUCUUCGUUCAUUUCCGAAUAGUUAGACCAGCCGCCACCGGUGUCGCCAGCUCCACGCGGCGACCCUGGAGGUCGCCAGAUCUGGACGCGAAUUUACAUACAAACGUGCCCUUCAAACUCUUCCGAGCCGAGGGAUUUUUCGUUGGAGUCCUCUUGGAGGUCCUCGCGCGAUGGGGUUCCUA